GAUAAUUUGACAUGAAAAACUGAGGUUAUGUAGUAGUCAAUAUUUAGGUUUAUUUUGUAUUUAAAAUAUAAAAUGACUGAAGAAAAAUCGGGGCAUAUUGAUACCAAUCUCGAAUCAAGUUUCAAAAAUAUCGAUCCUGAAGCUAGAACUGAUGAAAUUGAAGCAGAAAGUAAUAAACAAUUGAGAGAAAAUGAUUUAAAGGAAUCAAGUCAGGAGAAAAUCAACAGUGGCAAUGUAGAAAAAGGUAACAAUGAGAAAGUAUCACCAAAAAUUACAAACGAUACCCAACAAACCACUGACUCCUCAGAGACAUCUGAAACAGGAUACGAUUCAAAAAAUGUUCACUAUGAAGGAGAUGUUGCUAUCUAUACAGACCCGAGCAGUGGCAGUCAGUACACCUGGGACAAAGAAAAAAAUGAAUGGGUAUUAAAAAGCAAUGAAUCUUAUGGUUUUGAAGAUGAUACUCACGUCUAUACUGAUGCAGAAGGUGUGAAAUAUUUUUGGGAUAAAGAAAAAAGUGCAUGGUUUCCAAAAGUAGAUGAAGAUUUUAUGGCAAGGUAUCAAAUGAAUUAUGGAUUCGUAGAUAAUGCAAAAAUUGAAGUAAAAAAGGAAGAGCCAGUGGUGAAGUUAGAAGAGAAAACUAAAAAGGUUAAGGGAGAAAAACGAAAAGCUUCAGAGCCUACUUGGUUUCAAUUGGAUGAAACACAAAACACUAAUGUAUAUGUUUCAAAUUUACCGACAGAUAUCAAUGAAGAAGAAUUCAUAGAUCUAAUGCAGAAAUGUGGAUUAGUUAUGAGGGAUCCUCAUUCAGGAAAAUUUAGAAUUAAGUUGUAUAGAGAACCUGGUACGGAUUUAUUAAAAGGUGAUGGUCUGUGUACAUAUAUAAAAAUCGAAUCAGUGGAUCUAUCUUUACAGGUAUUAGACGGUUAUAAUUAUAAAGGGCAAACAAUUAAAGUGGAAAGAGCGAAAUUUCAAAUGAAGGGUGACUUUGAUCCGUCGCUGAAGCCAAAAAUGAAGAAAAAGAAAGACAAAUUGAAAUUAAAGAAGCAGCAAGAAAAACUGUUUGAUUGGAGGCCAGAAAAGAAACUAGGAGACAGAGCAAAACACGAAAGAGUAGUAAUAGUAAAGAACUUAUUCGAUCCAAAAAUAUUUGAUGUUGAUGUGGGCCUAAUUCUAGAGUUUCAACAGGAUCUAAGGGAGGAGUGUUCGAAAUAUGGCGAAGUACGAAAAGUGCAGAUAUAUGAUAGACAUCCUGAAGGGGUAGCUCAAAUCAAUAUGGGGACCCCGGAGGAAGCUGAACAAGUGGUUCCUUUGUUGAAUGGACGAUGGUUCAUGAAAAGGCAGCUGACUGCUGAGAUUUGGGAUGGGAAGACAAAGUAUAAAGUGGCGGAGACUGAUUCGGAAAUAUCACAACGGCUGGAUAACUGGGAUAAGUUUUUAGAAGACGAGGAAGCAAAUAAGAAAAAUACUGAGGAUAAAGAAAAAGUAAAAAGUGAAAGUAAUUCGUAAUUUAUUAAUUAUUUCUAAUUAUACAAUAAAACAUGUUAAUAUUUAAUAAAGUUACUGUUUUUUUAU